AUGGCCGAGCUGAGCACAGAGUCCCUGCCACCAACAGCCUCUGGCUGGUAUAACAAAAAUGAAUCUAAUGACACUGGAUUCGGUGGAUUCCACGUGCAUUAUGCCCCUUCAGUGACCAUCAGCAGCAUCAUUCUGAUCAUCUGCCUGUUGGGGCUGGUGGGGAACGGGAUCGUCCUCUGGUUUCUGGGCUUCCGCAUGAAGAGGAACCCCUUCACCGUCUACGUCCUCAACCUGGCCGUCGCCGACACUGGCUUCCUCCUCUUCUCGGUUGCCCAUCCUGUAGCUUCUAUGCUGGGAUAUACAUUUCGUAACUGUGCUGCUUUCUUUUAUACAUUAUUGCUGUUUACAAGUUAUUUGACGUACAGCACCAGUCUGUACCUCCUGACGGCCAUCAGCAUCGAGAGGUGCGUGUCCGUAAUCUACCCCAUGUGGCACCGAUGCCGCCGGCCAAGGCACUUGUCUGCCAUCGUGUCUGCCCUGCUCUGGGCUCUCUCCUGCCUGCUCUGCUGUCCCGUGGCCAUUUUUUGUCUAGAUCCCUUUAAGAGAAGCUGCAUCAAUUCCCUCCUCCCCAUCAGUGUUCUGAAUGUCCUGAUAUUCUCCCCCAUCAUGGUUCUGUCCAGUCUGACCCUGUUCAUCAAGGUGCGACGGAGCUCACAGCAGCGCCCGCCCGGCAAGCUCUAUGUUGUCAUCCUGCUCACCGUCCUCUUCUUCCUCCUCUUCACUCUCCCUCAGAGCAUCCACUUCUUCAUGUGCUCCUGUUAUGUAUUCAAGCACAGAGCGAUAUUUCACGUGCUGGCCUGUGCAAGCAGCAGCAUCAACCCAUUCAUCUACUUUCUAGUCGGGAGCUACGGGAAGCGACAAUUCUGUGGUUAUCUCAAGGCCGCGCUCCAGAGGGUUUUUGAAGAGCAGAGAGAUUCUGAAGAAAGCAAAGACACCCAGAGCACAGACCCAAAGGAGACGAUCCUUGCAGAAGUCCAGCCUGGAGACCCUGUUCUGGGAAUAGAGGUUUCGGAUCAUCCUGAAAUCAAAGAACUUCGGGAAAGGCCCUGA